AUGACGUACACAUUGCCUGAAAAAUUUUAUUUGGAACCUCGUGACCGCGAGGGUAAUCUUUUAUCACACCAAUACCUCGAGAUAGAUCGUCACUCCAAUCACAUACGUGUGUCAAAUGCUUCAGAAAGUCGGAUACCCUUAACCGAUGCUGAUAUUCAGUAUAUUCAUGGUUUAUUAGGCAUUAUUCCUAUCGUUUCAGAAAAACAGAUAUGGUACAAUCGGCAUUUCACAGAAAUGCUGCAAAGUGUGCUCACCAUCACUGGAUUUUACUUUUCAUAUUCGAUAGAUCUGUCACGCUCAUUACAGUGGCUAAGUGAAAAUGGCACCCCUCAAUUCAAGGAGACUUCUAUGAUUGAUCGUGCCGAUGACCGAUUCAUCUGGAAUGCCUUUCUUCUGUCGCAGAUUCGAAGUGUGAAGAACUCUGAGAGAUUCGCUCUUCCUGUCAUUCAUGGAUUCUAUGGAGAAGUCCUUCAUUGCAUAAAUGGACAUCAGUUCAAGUUGUCGUUAAUCUCGAGACGGAGCAAGUACAGAGCUGGUGUACGUUUUUACAAGCGAGGUGUAAGCUCAGAUGGACACCCUGCUAAUUUUGUAGAGACCGAGCAAAUAGUUGAGACAAUUUCUGGUAGAGGACGUCGGUUAACGUCAUUCUUGCAGACGCGUGGAUCCAUCCCACUUCUUUGGUCCCAAAAACCGAAUUUGAAAUGGCAGCCUAUGCCAACGAUGAAGGCCAGUGAUGACCAACUAACAGCUUAUAUUAGACACUUUGAAAAUCAGAGAAAGAUAUAUGGCGGCGUUCAUGUUAUCGUUAACCUUGUGAACCAAACUGGUCGUGAAAAGAAAAUUGGGAGUGAACUUGAGAGGAUUGUGCAGCAAGCUAAUCUCAAUUAUGUCAGGUGUGUUUCUUUAUCUUAA